AUGUGGCGCGAGCUCCAACUGGAAAUGGAACCUCUCGUCUUGGAGCCAGGGGAACUUCUUUUAAAAGAGCUGGCUGAGUCUGACGAAGACAUCGACAGUCUCUUCAGAAAGGCGGAAAAUGACAACAACCUCGAAGACUGCACCAUCCAAGUAGGGGACCCCUCGUGGCCGGGCCUGCCCCUCCCGGGUCCUGCUCCUUCCCUCCCUGCCAUCUGUCCUCCCAGCCUGACCCGGAUUCUGGCACAGACCCUGCUGCAGCUGUGGGAUCAGGUGGCCGAGAGAUUCCUGCUCCAGAAGCAGGAGAUUCAGAAGCUGGAUGAGACCCUGCUCUUGCUCGAGUCCUCCCGGGCAGACAAGCUAAAAAGCGUGUUGAAGAAAUAUGUGGACAUCAUGGAGAAAACUUCCUAUCUCAUGCAGCCCGACGUGUACAGGCUGAUAAAUAAAGAAGCCAUGGAUGCUGCCACACCAUGGCUUGAUAAGUGGUGGGUAGGUCCUCGCCUGGAAUCCGAACCUGCGAACCCUGGGCCGCCGAAGCAGAGUGUGCAAACUUAACCACUACGCCACCAGGCUGGCCCAAGUAAGACUUUUCUUUGCUAAGAAAUGGAUGCCUUGGGCCAAGAUGUCUGAGGACACUAAAGAGUGUCUGUCCGUCUGUGCUGCGGGUCUGGGGGUGGAGGCCCACCUGUACAUCUGCGUUU